AAAUAAAACCUGGCAAAAGAAAAUAACAGUGUCAUGAGCAGAAGCAGUUCCCCCUGAAGCACAAGCAGCUGGCCCUGAAGCUGAAGCAGAAGGAGCUUCAUCCGAAGCAGAAGUAACAGAUUGAAUGAUAAUGUCCGAUUCAAAUCCCCCUAACGGACACUCCAACCUUACCAAAUUCUAUCAGACUCAUGUCACCUUUCGUCUCCUCUGUCACGCCUCACGCGUUGGCGCCAUCAUCGGCAAGUCUGGUGUUCUCAUCAAGUCGCUUCAGGAAGCCACUGCCGCAAAAAUUCGAAUAGAGGACGCCCCGCCUGAAUCUCCCGACCGAGUCAUCCUCGUCACUGCCUCCGCCGCUGCCUCUGCCGACGGCGGAGUCUCCAAGGCACAGGAGGCACUGCUCAAGGUCUUUGAACGGGUUCUUGAUGUUGCUGCCGAGACUGCUGGCACCGAGGUUGGCGACCGUGUGGUCUCUUGCCGCCUGCUGGCGGAUAAUGUGCAGGUCGGCGCUGUUAUCGGCAAGGCGGGGAAGGUCGUCGAGAAAAUCAGAAUUGACACCGGAUGUAAGAUUAGGGUUCUGAACGAUGGUUUGCCAGCGCGCACUGCUCCCUCCGAUGAAAUCGUUGAGAUAGAAGGCCAGCUGACGUCCGUAAAGAAGGCACUUAUUGCUGUCUCCCGGCAACUUCAAGAUUGUCCUCCACCUGAUAGAACAAAGGUGAUGGGAAGCAAACAUAAUGAAGUUGUUCAGUCUGAACCAUUUUCAAUUCCGCUUAAGUCUUUAACUAAUCUGCAUAUAGAUCACCAUCUGCAAAGAAGCUCUGCAUUAUCUUAUUUAACCAACAGGUCUAAUGGAAAUGCCUCUGGAGCUCAUAAAUUAUCAGCUGAAGUUAAUAGAUUGUCUGCCCUGGAUCCAAAAGUACUUCAGCUGGAAGUUACCUUUAGAAUUCUUUGUUCCAGUGAUAGGGUUGGUGCCAUCAUUGGAAAGGGAGGCAAUAUUGUAAGAGCUCUUCAGAACGAAUCUGGGGCUAUUAUAAGUGUUGCUCCUUCAGUAGUUGAGUGCGAGGAUAGACUAAUUACUAUUACUGCCUCAGAGAAUGCUGAAUCAAACUAUUCCCCUGCACAGAAGGCCGUUGUGCUUGUUUUCUCCAAGUCUGUUGAGGCUGGGGUUGGGAAGGGGCUAGACUUGAAAACGAAAAAUGGAACAUCUGUUAGUGCACAGCUUGUAAUCUCGUCAAACCAAGUUGGUUGCUUGUUAGGGAAAGGUGGGGCAAUCAUCUCAGAAAUGAGGAAAGCCACAGGGACGCAUAUAAGAAUAAUUGGCCACGAUCAGGCUCCAAAGUGUGUGUCAGAAAAUGAUCAAUUGGUACAGAUAUCAGGGGAGUUUUUGAAUGUUAAAAGUGCAAUAUAUAAUGCAACUGGUAGACUGCGAUAUCAUCUAUUUGUCAGUACACAAAACAGUGGUGGAGGAAGGAGCCUUUCCUCUGUUCUAGCUGGAGGCCAACCAACUGUUGCUGUUUCUCAUGGUCUCAAUAGACAUUAUUUUCCAGGAUUGCAGGCACCACUGACAGUAUCUGGAAUAAACUCCAGUGGCACCAAUGGUGUUAGUCGAGGAUUGAUUUCUCAAAACGGUGACUUAGAAGUUGCCAGUGGGAGUAAAACUUCAAUUGUUACUAAUACAACUGUGCAAGUUGUGGUUCCUGAGGAUAUAAUUGGCUCUGUAUAUGGGGAAAACAGUAGCAAUCUGGUUCGCUUGAGACAGAUAUCAGGGGCUGAGGUCAUCGUCCAUGAACCUCUUCCCGGAACAAGUGACAGGACUAUUGUCAUAACCGGUACACCUGAUGAAACCCGAGCAGCGCAGAGCCUUCUCCAAGCAUUUAUUCUUACUGGAUCGCCGUGACAGUACCCCUUCAAGGAUGACCCUUUACUUUUCAAGUAGUUUCGCCAAUUUUUUGAAAGCCUUUUUUAUCCUACCCGAAAGCACGUACAAUAUAGGAAAAAUUCACGCAGUUUUUUACUAUGCCCUGCCAGUAAUCUUGGUGUCUAAUGUUACUCUAAUAUGUCAUUGUCACUCAUUUAAUUCAAUUUCAUGAAAUUUAGCUAAUAAAAAUACUACUUUAGAUAAAAAUUAUGUAAAUGUAAUUGACAACAGACAUAUUAAAAGUUGCAAUAGACAUCUCGUAACAGGUUGCUAAUUCAAUUCACACAGGUUGUUCACUGCGAGGCAGUGUACUGAUUUAACUACUGUCACUUGAUUUUUUUUACUUGUAUUGGCGACUCAUAUUCAACAGGU